AAGAAACGGUGCCGUUUGACAGUAACCAGAACGACGCCGUUUGUGUCUCCCUUAAUAAUCUCUGGCUUCGCUCGCGUGACGAGAACUGCCAUGGAGGACACGGACGACACAACCGCGCCGUCGUUGCGGCAAUAUAAUCGCCGACAGAUCUGCGGUGGCUGCGACCGUCCGAUGCCGGUAUGUCUCUGCCAUGUCAUCCCGGAGGAUCCGAUCCAGACGAGGACGAAGAUCGUCAUCCUCCAUCACCCUCACGAGUCCAAGCACAAGCUCAACACCGUCCCUCUCCUCACCAAAUCCCUCCGCCAUGUCACCACAAUCUCCGGGCGCCGUCUUCUCCGCCAUCACAUAUCCGGAAACGGAGAAAACAAUCCCAACUCCUCCGCCGCGAUCUAUCUCUUUCCGCCAUCUCCGUCCUCUCCCGCCGUCACCCUCUCCGAAAUCAAAUCCCGCAUCCUCCUGACCAAUCAGACCUCUCCGGUGACGCUGAUAGUGUUCGACGGGACGUGGAAGCACGCGAAGGAGAUGGUGAAGGCGAGCGCGGAAGUCCUGAGAGAAGCUGGAGCGGUGAGGGUGUGUUUGGACGCAGGGUUUGACGAAUCCGUGAGCGGGGGAAGCAUCUACGACUCGGAGCUUCUGCCGAGGAAGGAGCCGUUCGGCGGCGGCGUGAGCACGGCGGAGGCGGUGGCGCGGUGGUUGGGCACGGUGGAACCCGAAGGCGAGGAGAUAGAGAGGAAGGUAAUUAGGGUUCUAAGAGAGAUGGUGAGGCUUCAAUCUGGGUUCUUGAAGCCCAUGAAACCCAGGCCUAAGCUAAUGAAGAAGAACAAACAGAUGAAUGAAGAAGAAGAAGAAGAAGAAGAAGAAUGAGAUUUGUGGUCGGUCGUCGUCUUCGAAUUCUGUAGGUGUUGUCUUCUAUUUCUCGGAUUCAGUGGGAGAUUUCAGUUUUGUGGUUUGCAUUUGGGUUCCUGUACAUUUGCCCAGGAUUUUGAGUUAAUUCUUUGACAAAAACUAUGACGUGCUUUAUGUAAUCCCCCCGGUUCCAAAUUUCGACAACGUACGGAAUCCGCUGUACCACGUUAUCUAAAGUUUUUACACCGUUAG